AUGUCAUCUGAGUGUCAAGGUAAGGAUACAUGGCCUGAACUUCUGGGAGCUCAGGGGACUGAUGCAGAAGCAACAAUUGAGAGGGAGAAUUCUUCAGUUGAUGCUCAGAUCGUGCUAGAAGGGACUCCUGUCACUAAAGAUUUCCGGUGCGAUAGGGUUCGAGUUUGGGUUAAUACUGAUGGCAUUGUUACAAGGGUCCCUAGAAUUGGUUAA